GAUGGGGACGCACCCGAAGUACUACCUGUAGACGCAUACCCCGAUGGUCUGGUAUCAUCAUACUUUGAGAAAGAAGGGGAUGAGCUUAUAGUUGAUCUGGGCACUGUGUUCCUUGAGCUGGACAACAGUGAAAACCAAUUUAGUCAGCCACCUGAACACUAUGACAUUGUCAAAUUGCUUCAAAAACAAAGGGUCCCAGAAGAAAAAAACCAGUUCUGUACUGAGAGGAAUGCAGCCAUUCAAAAUGUUUUGUCCAAUCGUUUACAUCAAUUGAAGCUGGUAUCAAAAAUCUUGUGGUUGAGAAUCUUCCAGAUAAUGGGCGAUUACCUGGCAACUAAUCAUGAAGAAACUGUCAUAUUACGGAAACACUUGACUGACAUGACUCAUAAAUUGUACCUUGAUGUAAUUGGGUCAGUGGAGUAUCGCAAAGAACUGCGCUCCUUAUUUGAUGUACGAGAGCUCACCGAGGCCCAUAUAUCUAUUGGCUCUGAUCUCUGCAUGGAUACAUUUGAGUUUUUUGUCCAUCACAUUGCUAGUAAAGUUACCACUAUGCAUCGUUCACAACCAUGUAGUUUCAAUGUAUCAGACAUGCCACCCGAAGGACUUGCAAAAUUAAGACAUGUUGGGGGUUGGGCCAUUAGAAAGGAGCUGGAGCGUUGUCGCAGGUUUAUUCGUCAAAACUUGUAUUCUCAAUCAACAACUACGCGUCAGAGUGUUUUGAUUGCACAUACAAAGUGUGAACUGUUGGAAGACAAUGUGAUUGUUCAAUACUCAUGGUUAAAGGAUAACACCAGGUUUUCUGAGUCCCUGGAAGUCACUGAGGACAGACAGUUCAGAGAGCGUGGCCUACUUCACAUAUCAGACCAAACAUUUUGCUGUUUUAAAAGAAUAGAGGAAAUCAGAGUGGCGGAGAUGAACAGAGACAGAUUGGUGCCAGGGAAUAGAAGUGACUUCUUGGAUGUGGUAAUCGAAAAGAUUCAGUGUGAUGAAAUCCUUUGGGAUGCCUGGAGAGGUGCUUUCGAAGACCUUGGUGCAGACAAAGAGGUAUGGUCAUCUAAGAAGUCAUACUUCCUGAGUGCUAAUAUUAUUUGCCAUUUUCUGACAUAUUUUAGAAAUCUUUUUUCAAAUGGUGGUCAGAAUUAUUAGUUCAUGUUCACUAAUCAAUAGGUUGGACACUCAUCACUCUUCAGGAAUGCAUAAGAAAACUAAAAAGCUCCAUCUGAUUUUUUAUAUAACUCAUAUUGUGGUGUAUAACCUGAUGUGACGGUAAGUUACAGUGAGAGUGGAUCACAAUUUACUUACUGCAGUACUUACUAUCACUUAAUUAUGGUGUGGCAGGUCUCCUUUUAUCUUCCCUCUGAGAUAGUAUUAACACUGAAAACUUAACUGACACUGUCUAAAUUUGCUAAAUUGUAACUUCCUAACAUUACAAUGGUCUAGAAAUAGAUCUGGCAGCUAGUUUACACGUGUUCUAUGGCUUUCUUAAACAGGUUUUAGUGAGACAACUUCUCAAAGAUGUCAUCUCGAGAUACAUGAAGAUGGCUACUUGUCAAUUCCUAAGGGAUUUUCGUCGUGGAUAUAAGCUAAAGAAAACUGCUGAACACCGGAAACGUGUACUUCAAAGAAAACAAGUUGCAACUGAAAGGAAUGACCACCCCAAGUUUGCUACAAUGUUGGAGGACAGGUCCACUGGCAAGCAGCACAGCCACCAGAGGGUAUGUGUGUUUGUUGAAAAACAUGGCAUCGCAGGUGUCAAAAGAGUUUACAACAAGGUGCAGUUGGUAAAGCUUUGCAAGGCUUAUGGAAUCCGGGUCAGGUCAACCUAUAACAAGCAAGACCUAGCCAAAGAAUUGGUUGAACUUUUGAAAAAUAAUAGUAGUCUCACUGCUAUGCCCCACCCACAUCACCUGCAUAAUCUGAGUGCUCAGGCUGAUGUCGUCGAUGGCAGAGUUAUGCUAAGAAUUACAAGGUUAAACUAA